CUGGUGACGUGUUUACAAACAUGGCGACUGAAAGGCAACAAGAAACUUCAGUGCCUUUAUAUUCAGUUUCGUCUCAGCAAAACACCGCGGAUUCCUACAAUUCAAAUAGACCUGUACAAGAUGAGUUUAUGUUUCGUAGUUCGUCGCCUGACUCGAAUGCGGAUUAUUUUGGGAGCAUAGAUAAUUCUCAGUCAAACGCUGGGGGUGACAGCAACUCGAAUGCGUACAAUUUGGGCAGUAUUUUUACUAGGAAGAAAUUUGCGUGGCUUUUAGAAAUAGAUGAUACUGGAGAUGAUGAUGAUGUGGAUAAACCUCUGUUGUAUGUUUUGGAUAAUUUUUUGGUAUACCAGAAAUUAAGUGAUAUGAAAAAUAGCAAAGUUGUCAACAACUAGUUGAGUUAAAGUUGUAGACGUAAGCUUUUAUAUCAAGUUGCUACAAGGUUGUCACUCACAACUUGUUGGCAAAUUGUUGAAUUGCAGGACGAUAACAAGCUGUUGGGACAACUUGUAACAAGUCUGUUGAACUCGACCAUUGAUGUCAUCUGUGCAUCUAUAACUGAAUAGACAGGCCUAUGGAAUUAUAAUCCCACAUUAUGACGUCAUACUGUGUAUCUAUAACUGAACAGACAACGGCAAAAUUUUAUCUAUUUGUUACAUUUACCCUAAAACUGCAACAGUAUGUUCAUCAACUCUAAAUUUUUUUCAAUCUGCUUUCUAGGGAAGAGCUUGACAUUGAUGUAAAUGAUAUUUACUACAAAGUUCGAUGUGUUUUGUUCCCACUGCCAUCACUUGGCUUUCAAAAAGAUGUGUUAAGACAAAAUCCUGACUUCUGGGGACCUCUCUUUGUUGUCAUUGUCUAUGCUUUGCUUGCCUUAUAUGGCCAGUUCAGAGUGAGUAUCUUAAAUUUGAAAAUUUCUGAUUCCCCCCAUUGAAAAUUUCUGAUUUUUUCACCACCACCCCUGGACCCAUUGAAAAUUUCUGAUUGUUUUUACCACCCCCUGGACCCAUUGAAAAUUUCUGAUUUUUUCACCACCCCAUGAUCUGGAACUUUUGGAAUAUACAAUUACUUUAUGGUUUCCGUGUUUGGAUGGCCUGAUCCAAACACGCGGGAAUGUUGCGAGGGUUAAGAAAAGCGAGCGAAAUCACGAGCCGAAGGCGAGUGAUUUUGCCUGCUUUUCUUAACUCGAGCAACAUUCCCAAGUGUUUGGAUCAUUCCAUCCAAACACGGAAACCAUAAAGUAAUUGUUUUAUAAAAUAACAACGACACGAUAGUCUUCCGUGUUUGGAUGGCCUGAUCCAAACACGGCUUUCGACCAAUCAGAACACGCGUUAUAUACAUGUUAUUUUAUAAUAUUAUUUCAAGUCAUGUACUCAUAACCAUUGUAAUUACCACUGCAAGCACAAUACCAUGUAUGGUACACCAGAAUAAUUACCAUAACAUAAUAUGUUUAUGCAUCAUUUCCACAAUUACACAGACAAGAUUCAUUGCUAACAAACUCAAUUAAUUUUCAGGUUGUUUCAUGGAUAAUCACAAUUUGGGUUUUUGGAUCGUUGUUGAUUUUUCUCUUAGCAAGGGUACUAGGUGGAGAGGUAUAUAUAUUUUUUAUAAUUCGUAACUGUUCCUUUAUUUAAUAAUGGGUCGUUCCAGAAAAGAUCCAUACUUCCCCCACAGAGGAAAUUUCUGCUGUCCAGAGGGGGAAGGGAGAAAAAAUUGUUUCUGAUAAUAGUAAAUGUAUUAGGACAUCCGAAGGGGGUAGGGGGGUUAACUUUGUAUUUCCUCCGUGGGGUGGUAUGGAUGUUUUCUGAAAUGACCCAAUGGAAAUAAGUUGAUUUACACUUCACACUAUUUAUGGUUGCCCAGACAAGUAUAUGCAGUUUUCCAAAUAAUGGAGGUCUUGCUCUACUAUAGUAAUUACUCAUCCUUGGCAGUUGCUCUUGCCCUAAAUGAUGGCAGUGAAACAUAAUUUUGCCAAGUACAAGUCACCAUGAAAACACGUUGGACUCAUUUCAUUGUGCACACACUCUGACCCAAUAAUGUUGCUUUUGAGUACUAUAUGAUAGUUUUUUUAUAAUUUUAGUUUAUAAUUUAUACUAGGUAACAUUUUCUCAAUGUCUUGGAGUGAUUGGUUAUUCUGUUUUACCACUUAUUGUUACUGUUUUGGCACUGAUCGUCUUCCACAGUAUUCCUGUUCUCAACAUAAUGAUUAAAGUAAGUGUGGUGAAUUAUUUUUCUCUGUAAAAAUGAACAAUAAUUACAAAGGUAAGUCAACGUGAAUGGAAAAAUUUUUUUUCCUUGUUAAAAAUCAUGCUGUCGAGACUAAAAGCUGAUUCCUUAUUUAACAAAAAUAUUUUGUAAUGUGAAAGCUAUUCACAAAAUAAAGAUUUCGUAUUGGAAAAAGUAAAUAUAUUUGUCCAAAGUCUUUUAUUACUGAGGCCAGCGGCUGGUUGUUCAAAGCUGGAUUAGCUUAACCCUAGGUUAACCUAUAAUUCAAAGCAAACUUCCUCACAUCUUGUUAUGUCUAUAAAUUUGGAAAUAUUUCUUGAGAGAUCUUCUUUGGAUCGGUAGGAGUUUACUUCUCUGAAGUUUUGAAAUAAACAGACGUGCAGAAAUACACAAACCAAAACAGCAGGUUAAAUUUUAACCCAGGGUUAGCGCUAACCCACCUUUGAACAACCGGCCCCAGUUGUUCGAAAGCUGGAUUAGCUUAAUCCUAGGUUAACGAAAAUUUCAAAGCAAACUUCCCAUUCUUUUUUUUUAAACAUGAAGGUUUCCAGGAUUCUUGUCUGUAUCAAAUGAAGUUUUAUUUUUCAAAGUUUUGAAAUAAACUGAAGUGCGGAUGUUAGCACUAAUCCAGCUUUGGUUAGCGCUAAUCCAGGGUUAGCGCUAAUCCAGCUUUGAAAAACCUGCCCCUGAAUGUUAUAGCAAUUAAAACUACAGGAGUGAGGAAGUUUAGCUAAAUUGUUUGAUUUUAUGUCUGCCACACACGCAAUGAAAAAUAGUAUCACUGAAAAUUGCUGAAACUUCAAUUCUCCAAGGGGUUUUUAUUUGAGAAUGGGUCGUUCCAGAAAAGAUCCACACUCCCCCCACAGAGGAAAUUUCUGCUGUCCGGAGGGGGACAGGAGAAAAAAUUGUUUCUGAUAAUAGUUAGUGUGUUAGGGCAUCCGAAGGGGGUAGGGGGGGUUAACUUCCAAUUUCCCCCGUGGGAGAGGUAUGGAUGUUUUCUGGAAUGACCGAUUCAUAAAAGGACACACAACCUUAAAAUUUCUCCCACCCACAUUUUCGCGCUCCCUUUUAUGGAUAUUGCCUUGUGUUAUCAUCGGAGAGUUAUUAAAUUUGAGAAAUGAGGUUGUGUGUACUUGGGUACUUUAGAAGUUGACCAUAACACUUUGUACUAAACCUACUUUUGUAUAGUAGUGUAGGGUUUCAUAACCCAAAAUCAUCACCCACUGUAUAUGUGCAAGAACUUGUGGUUUUAAGCUCGUCAACUCAGUGAUGACCUCUGUAGCUCAGUUAGAGUGCUGCACUUGUUAGAGACUGCUCUUGAUCAAUCAUUGCUUGUUUUCUCCAAAUUUUAGUUACUUGGUGUUGUUUGGGCGUCCUACAGUGCUGGUUCAUUAUUGGUCCAAGAGGAACUUAAGGAUAAAAAACCUCUUUUGCUCUAUCCAAUAUUUCUACUGUAUAUUUACUUUUUUUCCUUGUAUAGUGGCGUAUAAGUAUGCUUGCUUUAUGCUUCUGGUAAUAAAUAGGAAUGCCCAAUUUUGUCAAGACCCAGGGCGCGAAAUAACGGCCGGAGGCUCGCCUGUCAAAGUAACCGGCCGACUCAAUUUUAGCUCGGACAUACCGAAUUUCUGGCCGGUCAAAUUAUUCAGCUUAAAGCAAAGCCUAGUAAAGUAUACCCCUGAAAUGUGAUUAUUUUCCAAGUAUAGCAUUAUAUAAAAAGCCUAACCUGAUAAAACAGCCGCUUAUUAUUGCUCGUUCCUCCCAAGGCCAGGGAAGAACUGAAGGGGCAUUAUGGGCGGCUGUUUUAUCAGGCUAUUAAAAUGAAGUUAGUUUGUUCUUUUACCGAAAGUACGUGACCGGUCAAUAUGACCAGCUAGGUAAGAAUUUGAGCGGACAAUUCUGCAUUCUGGCUGGACAUUGCCAGUUGACUGGCCGUUAUUUCGCGCCUUGCUGAUUGUUGCCAAGGAGUUAAUCAAUGCUCUGUAUAGCUUGUAAAAAUAUUAAGAGACUGAUGUUUAAAUGAAUAUAUUUUUUCUAUGAACAUCACAAAUGUAUAUUAUACACAGUUGACUAGUUAAAUGAUCGAGGUUAGAUUUAUACAGCGUUCAUACUUGUAUUGUAAGGAAGAGUCAAAUUCAAGGUCUAUUAAAUACUGAAACUUUAAUGAGUUUCAAACAGCUUUGUCAGACAGUUUUUUUUAUACAUUUUUCGUGUUAAAAAACAUACAUAUGC